UUUUGUGCUAUGAUGCUUGAGUCCGGUGCCUGCUCACUCCCACCACACAAUUUCUGAAUUUACACACGACUGACCGCCGGCGAGGGAAGUAUAAAUUGCAAUUUUACAUUAUUGCCGUUUAUGUUUUUCGUGAAUUCUUAGUUCUGAUUUGUGGACCCAAACAGAGAGACAGACGAUCUGAGACAUAUUCGCCUGCCGUGUCCCGUGCACAUUCCAUCGCGUAGUUACCCGACGGGUGAUCGACCGUAGAAGGUAGAAAACAGUAGUGUUCGAAAAACCCGAAUUUCGCGCAUCGGCACGAAGACAUGGCUAACCCACAAUAUUCAACUGGUCAGUAUGGAGGUGGGGGAGGUGGUGGCGGUGUAGCUGGUGGAUACGGUGGAUAUCCAGCAUAUGGAGUUCCUCCCCCAGGCCCCCCAGGUUAUCAACAGCCUGGUGCGCCCCAGACACAACAAACUCAACAGCCACAGAGUGGAUAUCCAGGUAGCGGUGGAUGGAACCAACCUCCACCACCACCAACAGCAGCAAGUCAAGGAGGAGGAUACCCUGCUUAUGAACAACCUCCGCCAAGUUUUAGACAGCAAGGAAGUCAACAAGGAUCAUUUAAUGGAUCAAGCAGUGGAAAUGGUUAUGGUGGUCCACCAUCAAGUGGUGGGUAUGGCGGACCUAGCAGUUUUGGAGGUGGUAGACAAGAGCGUAAUAGCGGUGGAGGAUAUGAUUCCGGCGGCAGGGGUGGUUUUAACAAAGGUAGUGGAGGACCACCUAAUGAUCGAAGUGGAGAUUUCAUCGUCCAAGAGGAUACAAUAUUUGUUUCUGGUAUGUCUACAAACACUUCUGAAGCUGAUAUUGAACAACACUUUGGUUCAAUUGGCAUUAUCAAGACUGAUAAAAAAACUGGAAAGCCCAAAAUUUGGAUGUACAAUGAUAAAUCAACUGGAAGACCUAAAGGUGAAGCAACUGUUACAUAUGAUGAUGCUCAUUCUGCUAAUAGUGCAAUAUCCUGGUUUAAUGGUAAAUCUUUCAAUGGAUCUACAAUUAAUGUCCAAUUAGCAACAAAGAGAGAUAAUUGGCAAGGUGGACGUGGCGGUGGUACAACUGGAGGUAGUCGUGGUGGUACUGGUAGAGGUGGAGGUGGACGUGGAGGAUAUGGCGGUGGUGGUUAUCAAAUGGAUGAUCCUGUAUCAGACGAUCCAUCAGAAGGAGGUGGAGGAUUCUAUGGUGGCCCUAGAGGUGGAAGAGGUGGUGGCAGAGGUCGUGGUGGUGGUAGAGAUGAUCGUGGGCCACCCCCAGACCGUAGAAGAGAUGACCGUAUGAGCAGUGGAGGUGGAAGAGGAGGUGGCCGUGGCGGUGGUGGAAAUGAUUCAGGUGGCCGUGACGGAGACUGGAAAUGUUCAAAUCCAACUUGUGCCAACACAAACUUCUCUUGGCGUCUAAACUGUAACAGAUGUAAUGAUCCAAGACCUGAAGGAUUUGGUGAUAGUGGUGGCAGACGAGGAGGUGGUAUGGGUGGUGGGCGUGGUGGGCCACCCAUGCGUGGACGUGGAGGUGGUAUGGGAGGUGGCCGUGGCGGUCCUGGUAUGGGUGGUAGUCGUGGUGGACUUGGCGGCGGCGGAGGAAGAGGUUUUGGAGGUGGCAGAGGAGGACCUGGUGGACGUGGUGGUGGAGGACGAGGUGGUGGACCAAUGCGAGAUGAUAGAAGAGGAGACAGAAACCGUCCAUACUAAUUAUUAAUAAUAAAUAAAAACUAAAUAUUUUUAGCAAUCUAAUUUUUUUUAUACAUUCUUUUAUUGACGAAAUAUGCUUUGUGUAAUUGUAGCUAGAUAAAACUUUACUAGGUAGCAAAUUUCAGAAGUCCAGAAGUUCAUAAUUAUUAUUAUUAUUAGUUCUUCUUUUAUGUAAAUAAAUAAUAAGGUAAUCAUAUAAAUGUGAUGAACAAGAUUUCUGUAACCAUGUAUUGUUUUUUUUUUAUUUUAAAUUGAAUGAAAAUCAUAAUUUUUUUCAUUGUUUAGAGACAUGUGUGACCUUCAACCUCAUUUUUUCUUAAUAAAAUUACUUGUAUUGAGUAUUAUUAUAUAGAUACCGAUAUUAUUUUUUGUAACUUUUAAAUAAUAACUUCAAUUAAUUUAAUUUUGUUAUUAAAUUCAUUUCUAUGAUA